GCCAGUGGAGGUCACACGUGUCCAACUCUCACCAGGACUGUUGUUUUUAUUAUUAUUAAACCCCCUCGGACUCGGACUCGGGUUCUGCUUGUGUUCUGCGGAGACCUGCCCACGGAGCCUUCCCGCCGCCAUGGCCCCGCAACGCUCCAAUAAGCGCCGGCCCUCGUUCCGGCGCCUGCUGAAGACGAGCGGCGUGAAGCUGGAGAACAAGCUGAAGAACCGUCAGCUGAAGCAGGAGAAUGUCGCCAGGAAGCAGGUCAAAGAGCAGAAGAGGCUGCGGGCAGCAGUGAAGGGCGUCGCCCUCCAGACGCCCCGGCCCCUGGAAACGUACAGGAAGAGACCAGAGGAGGAAGAGGACGAGGAAGAGUUUUUAGAGACUCUGCCGACUGACAUGAUGGACGAAGACGACCUGGAGCAAAUGACCACCAUGGCCCAACAAGCCUCCUUCAUCACCAGAGACUUGUCGGCAUGCGGGCCGGUCCACAGCGGGAAGAAGAGGGCCUCAGACGUGGUCCGCAGCUACGAGAAGGUCCCGAGGAAGAUGGUGAGGAUGGAAGAGAAGGACGUCAUCCACCUGCUGCCCAUCAAAGACAAGAGCGGCGUGAUCCCUCAGAGCUUCGAAAGAGUUCGUGACAACCAGCCGGAGGAGGAAGAAGAAGAAGAGGAGGAGGAGAAGGCGGUUCCGGUAGAACCCAGCCACGAGGAAAACGGGGCGGUGCCAGCGAGCCUGGCGUGGCUGACGCCGCUCCAGAGGGAGCAGCUCAGACUCCAGACCUUAACCAUGAAGAAGCGGAUCAUCGCCGGCCUGGCGUCCACCAUCAUCUCCAACCCCUAUAGCAACAUGAAGCGGGUGAAGGAGCUGCGGGGGAUGCUGAUGGAGGCCGACCCCACCGUGGCGGUGUCGGUCCGGAAGCUGGUGAUGGUUUCUCUGAUGGAGGUGUUCAAGGACGUCGUCCCCGCCUUCAGAAUCCGACCUCUGACUGCCGCGGAGAAAAGCGCCAAGGUGAAGAAGGACACGCAGAAUCUCAGAGAGUUCGAGGAAGGCUUAGUGAGUCAGUACAAGUUUUACCUGGAGGACUUGGAGCAGGUCAUCAAAGACUGGAAGCAGAGUAAGAGGAAGCGCAGUCAGGCGGUGAGUCUGGAGUCGUACCGCGGCCUCGCCGAUGUCGCCAUCCGCUGCCUGAGCGAGCUGCUCGUCGCGCUGCCGCACUUCAACUUCCACAACAACAUCCUCGUCGUCCUCGUUCCGCUGAUGAACGACCCCGCCAAGAAGGUGUCAGAAAUGUGCUGUGAAGCCUUCAGGAACCUCUUCAAAGAGGAUAAAGUGGGCGGGCCCUCGCUAGCCACCGUGCGAGUCAUCUCUGGCCUCGUCAAGAGCCUGAACUACAACGUCAGACCUGAGGUGCUGCGGACUCUGCUGAGCCUGAGGAUCAAGGACGUGGACAUGAGGAGGGACCUGGAGGUCAUGGCACCAAAGAAGAAGUUUAUGACCUACAAAGAGAAGAAGAAGAACCUGUCCAGGAUGCAGAGGAAGUGGAAGAAGGCGGAGGACAAGCUGGAGAAGGAGCUGCUGGAGGCCGAAGCCUCUGAGAAUAAGGAGAUCAAGAUCAAGCUGCACACGGAGACUCUGAACAUCGUCUUCCUCAUCUACUUCAGGAUCCUGAAGAAGGCUCAGAAAUCGGUUCUCCUCCCUACGGUUCUGGAGGGACUGGCCAAUUUUUCCCACCUGAUCAACCUGGAGUUCUUUGAUGACCUGCUGAAUGUGCUGCAGAACCUCAUCCAAUCAGGAGAUCUGACCAAUCGGGAGAGUCUUUACUGCAUCCAGACCGUCUUCACCAUCCUGUCCGGACAAGGUGACGCUCUGAACAUCGACCCUCUGAAGUUUUACUCCCAGCUGUACAGAAUGUUGCCGUGGCUGCACGCAGGAGCGGCCGGCGAUGACCUCAUCAUCGUGCUGCGGUGCCUGGACGCCAUGUUGACUCGCCGCAGGAAACGGGUGACCUUGCAGAGGGCCAUGGCUUUCGUGAAACGCCUGAGCACGCUCAGUCUGCACGUCCUGCCUGACGCCAGCGUGGGAAUCCUCUCCGCCAACAGAGCCGUUAUGCACGCGUUCCCGAGGUGCGACUUCCUGCUGGACAACGAGAUUCAGGGCAGCGGCUCCUACCUGCCGGAGCUGGACGAACCCGAGCACUGUAACGCUCAGAACACGGCGCUCUGGGAGCUUCACACACUCCAGAGACAUUACCACCCGGUGGUGCGGCGGUUUGCUCUCCACCUGAGUAAGGGGGCUCCCAGCGAGGGAUCGUCGGUGCUGAGCACGGAUCUGAGCCGCAGGUCGCCGCUGGACCUGUUUCAAGACUACAGCAUUAAAGACAUGACGUUUAACCCUCCUGUAGGCAAGCCGGGCUCCAAGAAGAAGGAUCAGUUCACGGUUGGAGCGUCGCGGCUGGAUGAGGAGUUGCAGCGGCAACUCGAAGGUGCCCAGACUGUUGCCGUGGAAACACCACUGGACUUUGCUGCGAACAUACGCAAACAGACUCUCCAAGAGGAAGAUUUGUAAUCAGGAAAAUCACUUUCUCUUAAGAUUUUCAAAAUAAUUCCUGGAUGAACUUUUGUUUAAGAACAGACUUUCAAAAUAAAAGUUCGCUUUGGGCGCCGCCUUCUGCUGUCGGAUUCUGUCGUCACCUGAACAUCAGGAAUUAAGACAUCAAAUGGACCAACUGGACUGACAUUUUAGAAACCAUCAAUCAAGAAAACAAACACAAAUGUUCCCGUCUAAAAUCAUGUUUACCGGUAGAUGGGAUCUGUGCCGCCUUCAAAAUAAAAGCUCCCAACAUC